GCAUUCAUUCGUCUUCUAUCGGGCGGAGUUAAGAGUCCAACUUCUGGCGAGACGUAACAAAUAUCGACUGUUUCGGUGAAGUUCUAAACCCCGCCACUCUCAAGAGACCCCCCCAUACUCCCCUACUCGACCACCGGGUGCUUGAACCCAACGCCCACUUCCCUCCCGGAAGCGUCACAUUUGCAGCGACCGAGAAAAAAAAAAAAAAAGCCACCAAACAUGUCUUCCAUGGACCUGGAAAAGUUGAAGAUGACGGGGGCAGGCCGGGCGAUAGCGGUGCUCACCAGCGGCGGGGACGCCCAAGGGAUGAAUGCUGCUGUCCGUGCUGUGACCAGAAUGGGCAUCUAUGUCGGUGCCAAGGUCUACUUGAUAUAUGAGGGAUAUCAGGGGCUUGUGGAUGGGGGCGAUCACAUUAAACUGGCGAACUGGCAGAGUGUGACCAACAUCAUCCAGCUGGGCGGGACGGUGAUCGGCAGCGCUCGAUGCAAGGCGUUCACGACCCACCAGGGGAGGCUGGCGGCGGCCUUGAACCUGGUCAAGCGUGGCAUCACCAACCUUUGCGUGUGCGGCGGCGACGGCAGCCUAACCGGAGCCAACAUCUUUCGCGGCGAGUGGAGCAGCCUGCUGGAUGAGCUCAUCCAGAGCGGGAAGAUCACGGAUACGCUGGCGAAACAGAACAGCCACCUGAACAUUGUGGGCCUGGUGGGGUCUAUAGACAACGACUUCUGCGGAACUGACAUGACCAUCGGAGCAGAUUCUGCCUUGCACCGAAUCAUGGAGAUCAUUGAUGCUAUCAUGACUACUGCUCAAAGCCACCAGCGUACGUUCGUCUUGGAGGUCAUGGGUCGUCACUGCGGCUAUCUCGCCUUGGUGUCUGCGCUAGCCUCCGGCGCCGAUUGGCUCUUCAUCCCAGAAGCUCCGCCAAAAGACGACUGGGAGGAUCGCAUGUGCGACCGUCUUGAGGCGAGUCGUACCAAAGGCUCCAGACUCAACAUCAUAAUUGUCGCUGAAGGAGCUAUCGACAUGCACGGCAAGCCCAUCUCCUCCACUUAUCUGAGAGAUCUGGUGAUGAAGCGGUUGGGCUACGACACCAGAAUCACCGUACUCGGACACGUCCAGCGUGGAGGAACGCCCUCGGCGUUCGACAGAAUACUGAGCAGCAAGUUAGGCGUGGAGGCGGUGGUCGCUCUGAUGGAGGCGUCUCCCGACACCCCGGCCUGCGUCAUCGGCCUGUCGGGCAACCAGGCCGUCCGUCUGCCUCUUAUGGAGUGUGUGGAGAUGACGAAGCUGGUGCAGACGGCCAUGAACGAGAAGAAGUUCGACGAGGCUGUUAAACUGCGUGGAGGGAGUUUUGAGAACAACUGGAACAUCUAUAAGCUUCUUGCCUUCCAGAAGCCUUCCCAGUCAAAGAGCAACUUCUCUCUGGCCAUCCUGAACGUGGGCGCCCCGGCAGCGGGCAUGAACGCGGCCGUCAGGUCGGCCGUCAGGUUGGCCAUCGCCCACGGGCACAAGGUCUACGCCGUGCACAACGGCUUCCAGGGCUUCGCCAACGGCGACGUGUUUGAGAUGGAGUGGCACAAUGUCGCGGGAUGGACGGGCCAGGGGGGCUCGCUGUUGGGAACGAAAAGAACCCUUCCAAGCAAACACAUGGAGAAGAUUGUGGAGAACAUGGCCAAGUUCAACAUUUCAGCCCUGCUUGUCAUCGGAGGGUUUGAGGCCUACAGAGGCGUGCUGGAGCUCUUUGAGGCGCGAGGGCACUACGACGAGUUGUGUAUCCCCAUGUGUGUGAUUCCCGCCACCAUCAGCAACAACGUCCCCGGAACAGACUUCAGUCUGGGGGCCGACACCGCCGUCAACGCCGCCAUGGAGGGCUGCGACAAGAUAAAGCAGUCUGCGACGGGGACAAAGAGGCGCGUGUUUGUGGUGGAAACAAUGGGGGGCUACUGCGGUUACCUAGCGACCAGCACAGGCAUCGCCGUGGGCGCCGACGCAGCCUACAUCUUCGAGGACCCCUUUAACAUCCACGACCUGAAGACCAACGUGGAGCAUCUCACGGAGAAGAUGAAGAAGGACAUCCAGCGGGGGCUCGUACUGAGGAAUGAAAAAUGCCACGAGCACUACACUACGGAUUUCCUGCAUAAACUGUAUUCCGCCGAGGGGAAGGGCAUUUUUGACUGCCGCGUCAACGUGUUGGGACACCUCCAGCAGGGAGGGUCGCCGUCUCCCUUUGACCGAAAUUAUGGCACCAAGCUGGGAGUGAAGGCCAUCCAGUGGAUAAGUGAGAAGCUGACAGAAAACUACCGUCAAGGUCGCGUGUUCGCCAACUCUGCGGACACGGCGUGCGUGCUGGGCCUCCAGAGGAAGGUGGUCUCGUUCAGCCCCCUCACCGAACUCAAGGACGCCACCGACUUUGAGCAUCGCAUGCCCAAAGUCCAGUGGUGGUUCAACCUGCGGCCCAUGCUGAAAAUGUUAGCCAAGUACCAGACGAGCUUCUGCGAGUACGUCCCGGGAGAGAUCGAACACGUCACCCGUCGCUCUCUCAGCAUCGACUCGGGCUUCUAGCUGUUCACCGACUGCAAAUUUUUUGAUUUUUAAUUUUUUUUUUUUUUUUUUUUUUUCCAACCAAAUCGGCCCCUCUUUCCACAACAUUUCUACAUGCCUGCUGAUUUAUAUUUCAAAAUCUGAACUGUUUUAGAAUAAGAUAUUUAUUAAAUGGGGCAGCGAGGACAAAACAGGUUUUAUUUCAGGGUAACCGCCGGGUCAAAUAUAAUUUUUUUCAGAGACACGGAAAGAAAAAAGAAAAUUGAAUGAAACUGUUCCUGGCUCAAGCUGUCACCAAUAUAAAGCCUUUAUUAACGCAACAGUCUUUUGAGUUAUAUUUUAUCAUUCUUAUCUCCUAAAAAAUGUAAAAAGAAGUUAAGCGCCUUACAAAAUCCAUCUGGUCUAUGGAGCGCUUUUCAUGUGUGGCUAAUCGCAAUGUGACACUUGUAGGAGGGAUUUAAAUGUCGAGGUACCCUCAGCAGAAAAUGCCGUAUGGAAAAUGGAUGCCCUGCGGUUGAAUGGCGACCGUUUCCGGGCGUACACCCAACUUUCGCUCAGUCAGGCGGGAGUCACCCGGCAUCCCAAAGAGAGCGAGGGCCACAGAAAAUGGAUGGAUGAAUGUUCUUUUAUAGAGCUCGUGCACGUGACCUCGCCAUUUUCACGGCGCCAUAUUGGCGGUCAAAAAGAGCUGCUCGGUAGCGUGGGGGACUUUGAACCGGAGCAGAAUAUUCACAAUGCCCGAGACUUGUCGUGCUGUUGGUUGUCACAACAGACGAGAACGAUAUUCGAAGAGAUCAUUUUAUGGAAUGAAAAAGCUGACCAAAAAAGAUGGAUGGAUUUCGGCAAUUAAACGUGGCCCAAAAUACACCCAACGCCUGUGUAGCGAUCGCUUCAUUUCAGGUAGGAAUUUUUCUUCUCAAUCUCAAAUUAUC